UUUCGCUCAAAAGGACCGAUAGAUCAUUUCCAGUUGUUAAGAUACCAAGUUCCCUAAGAAGCCUGCGGUUAGGUUACAGUUAGACCCAGCUCAUGAACCAACGAAAAAUUCACUGUUGCUUACCUCUCAUCCAAUAACCGUCGUCCCGACCAGUUCAAGUGGGAUAUUUCGCUAUAAAUGUUCAUGGAAGAUUGAGGUGUGAGAGACGUGCACCUAUUGCAGAGUAGGCAUCCAACUUAGCAGGAAGGAUUACCGUACACGACGCAAGUAUACCCUAAGUAAGCCCACCUCCCCCGCCCUCAAGCCGCCCUGCCUAUAUCAACACUGGUCCGAAUUCAACCUGCGCAACUCCGAGGACUUCCAAGCUUCAUCAUGGGAUCAAGUCCACCAGCGACCGAAGCCAAGCCCUUGAAUACCCCCAUCCGAACAGCACAACCCAACAACAUGGUCUACACCGACGACAAAGGCGUCCAACACAGCAUAUACCUCCCGCAAGGCACCUUGCACACGGCCUCAGAACACCUACAAAACAAGCGAUGGGACGAGCUUGCCAAGUUCGAGCCGUACACGAAUCAGGGAUAUACCGAGGACGAUUUUAGGGCAUUUAGAGAGAUGAACAUGAAACAAGGACAAGAAGAGUAAAUGCUGUAGGGUAGGUAGGUAGAUAGGUAGGUAUGGAAAGGUACUACAUAGGUCGUCAUCUAGAGAGGGACGGACUUCGUUCACCGAAGAACAAUAAC